CAACGCCGCCGCCAGCUGACUCCGCUCCGUAGUAUUCGCAGUGUGGCCGUGUUAGAUUCUCGCCAACCGCCGAGCAAAGCGACGGUCCGCGUUGCGCGCCAACGAACCGAGGAUUUCAACCAGCGAGUGUUUUCAACGAGGCGCCGGAUCGGACGAGCGCUGAAAGCAAGCGGCGGCGUGUGUAACGUUCGCUUCGAUUUCGGCAGGAGCGGUUUUCGCGGAGUUUUACCUACUGCAGUACGGUAGUUCUUUUCGUCUAGUCCCCCUCCCCCGAAAUUCGUGCGAGUGAUCGAAUUGCCCGCUGUUGGAAAUAAUUUUUCAUAUUUAUUGGAGUACGUCUGAGGGACGGUUGUGCGUUGUGUUGUUUGUCGUAGUUCCGCAAAUCUCUGCGUCGCGUCGGUGUGGUGAAGUUGCACGCGGUGAAAUUGAUCGAUAACGAAGAGAGAAACAAGAGGACGAGGCGUGUACGACAAGUGUGUGGAUGUUGGGAAUCGAAAGAGUUGAUUGGGAGAAUGUGUCUUAAAAAUGACGGUGCGGUUGAACGAUCCGGUCAAGGAUAUUUAUUUGGGUUCAAAUAUAUGUCGUAUACUUUAUAUGGAGCUGAAGCUUACACGGAGAACGCUGUCGGAGGAUAAUCGAACACAGGCGUCCUGCGGCCUUGGUGAAUGAUUACGUUUCGGAGAACAACUCCAAGUUCGACGGUCGUGCAUAUGGUUAUAAAUUUGAUAAAAGAAAUAUAGGCGUCGGAUCAAUAAAAAAAACACACAAAUAAUAGUGAAACAAUUGACUACACGUGAAACAAAGAACAAAUACAAUUAGAAAUAAUUGAAGAAAUUAGAUAGCUAAUUGUGCUUUACAAAAAAAAAAAAAAAAAACGAUUGUAAAUUAUAAACAGUGCAAUUUAAACAUUACGCACUGCGUGUUAUUGUAUAAAAAAUUGUAAAAAAAAAAUAAAAAAUAAUAAGUUGUUGAAGAAAGAGUCAAGGUUGACUUGGCGCGAGAGAAAUAAAGUGAAAUAUCAACAAAUUGGUUGUCGCCAUUGGUUAUGAGACACGGCGGUAGUGGGUGUGUAAAAUUUACGGUGUAUGAUUAUUUGAAUAAGAGGUGAAAGGAGAAACCGAUACCGAUGAAAAACGGUAAUCAUGAAGUCGAAAACAUUGGUCGUCCUGUUUUUCGUUCUGGGCUCGGUGUUGUGCAGCGAGGAGAAAGAUGGCGAUAUCCGGAAGACGAAAUCGGUGCCGAAGCAACGUGACAAAACGCCGUACGAAAAAUACCUCGUGCCUGGUCUCGACGAGGGUGGGAAAUCGAGCGUGAUCGAUUUUGCCCGUGAUCGAAGAAUAAUCGACUCCAACGACUCGGAGUUCGAAAACGCGACGAGCCGAAACAACGAAUACUCGGUUGAUUCCGAAUCGAGGAAAUUGAUCGGUCCGAGAUCCACGGACGAGGAUAAAACGAAACCUGUCGUCGCCUUGUCGAAGAAUUCCCACGAAUCGACACCGUUGAAUAUGCCGCCGUCUAACGGGAAGUCGAAGGACCGGAAACGCGGGAAGUACUGGCCAACGAAAAACAGUACGGUCAAAGUGGUCGACGGUAUUUGCCCGUCUAUGGACAUAAGGAACAAGGUGGAAAAUUUCAACACACUGAAGGAGUGCGAGAUCAUCGAAGGAUUUCUUCAGAUCGUACUGAUCGAAAGAUCGGAAGAAAACUCGUUCGAAAAUAUGACUUUUCCAAAGCUCAGGGAGAUCACCGGCUACCUCAUGUUCUACAGGGUGAACGGACUGAAGAGCCUUACCAACCUGUUUCCCAACCUCGAGGUCAUCAGGGGACAAACAUUGAUGACCGACUACGCACUCAUGGUCUACGAAAUGCGCAAUUUGCAAGAGCUCGGUCUUAGGAAUCUAACGGAGAUAACGAGAGGAGGAGUGAUCAUCGAGAAUAACCCGAGUCUCUGCUUCGUGAAAACUAUCAACUGGUCGCUGAUCGUUGUUGCCGGUGACAUAUUUAUCAAGCAAAAUGGAGACUCCACUUGUCCCGGUUGUUCACAAUGCAACCUCGGCUAUUGUUGGACGUCGAAACAUUGUCAGCUCACGGAGAAGCCCCAGUGCCACUCGGAGUGUUUGGGAUGGUGCCACGGACCCAAGGAUACGGACUGUUACGUUUGUAAGCAUUUCCGUCACGACGGAAGAUGCGUCCGAACAUGCCCGGCGCACCUGUACGGUUACUUGAUGAGGAGAUGCAUCACUCAACACGAAUGCUUGACGAUGAAAGUGGUCCUACCACGAAACGAAUACGCCAUACACGAGCAGCCCGUGUUUCGUCCCUUCAACCAUUCCUGCAUCCAGCAAUGCCCCAAGGGGUACGAGGACGCCGUCGACCCGAAAAAUAAUACCGCGACGUGCCGAAAAUGCGCCGGACCUUGUCGUCGAAUAUUGCCUGGAGGAACUAUCCGAAAUAUGGCCGACGCUCAGCGUUACGAAGGGGUGGAUGUCGUUCAGGGGGGUCUUGAGAUUCACAUACAAAACAACAACCCAAACCUAAUGGCCGAGCUUGCCAAGUCGUUCGGUUCGGUCGAAGAGAUCACCGGGUACCUCAAGGUGACGCAUUCGUUUCCGAUCACUUCGCUGUCAUUUUUUAAAAAAUUACGAGUGAUCAAGGGUGACCCACUGGACAGCAACAACUCCAGUCUGACGAUACUGGACAAUCCGAACUUGUCCUAUUUGUUCCCGAAGGAUCAAAAUAUCACGGUUCAAAAGGGCAGGAUGUUCUUCCACUACAACCCCAAGCUCUGUUUUUCGAAGAUCGAAGAACUCGGACGCAUGGUCGAUAUACAGAAUUUUUCCAAGGCGGACGUUGACCCGGAGUCGAACGGCGAUAAAGUCGCCUGCGACAAUGGUAACAUAAACAUAACCGUGAGGGAAACCGGACCGGACUUUGCUCAAGUUGAAUGGAAGAGCUACGAGCCGUCCAGCGGUCAGCAUGUUCUGGGCUACAUUUUGAACUACAUAGCAACCGAAAAUACGGACGAGACCGUAUUCGACUCGAAUUUUUGCGGUAACAACACCUGGCAGGCAGUGGACGUUGACCCCUCAAUAUCCGAAAGAAAUUCACCGAAAGUUGCGAAACUGAUAACUGACCUGAAGCCGUACACCCGUUACGCGGUAUACGUGAAGACUUACACUCUGGGGAACGAGGGCUCCUUCGCGAGUCCGAUUGGUCAGUCAGAGAUAAUUUUUUUCCGUACUCGAAGCGACGUACCGUCACCCCCGACGAACUUGUCCUCGGUUCCGUCAAGCGACACCGAAAUCAUGGUGCGAUGGGGUCUGCCAGAGUUCCCAAACGGUCCGAUAGAGUAUUACAUUUUGUCUGGAUUCGUGAUAAGAGACGAUCCCGAGUUGCUCGAGGAGCGAAACUACUGCGAAUACGGUCUCGUCGACGAGGCGCACAUCGAAGAUGAGCUCGGUGUCGAGGUGACGGAGAAAGUGGCAGUGGACUUGGUGACGGAGAAAUCGGACGUUGACGUGGCAACGCGGAGCGGUCAAUUUAGGAACACCACAAGGUCGUGCUGCAAAAAGGACGUGGUCGAGUCUAAGCCUGCGCCUCCGAUGAAGUUCGCGAUCACGUGCAACGAGGACAUCAGUCUCAGCCGUUACGUACCCGGCAAGCAGAGCUUCUGCAGAACGUCGAGCGUGAGCUACCAGAAGCCAGUCAUUGUCCGGGGUGCGUACGAGGUCUUUUCGUUCAACGUAACCGGCGAAAACAAUUCCUACCUCGUGAAGAACCUGAAGCAUUAUUCGACUUACACUAUUUCCCUCGCCGCCUGUGGUAUGAAGCUUGAGAACGACGCGGAGCAGUGUUCGCUGGUCGAAUACACGAGCGCCAGGACCCUGAAGAGGCAGUCCGCCGACGACGUGCGCAACGUCAACGUGGCCAUUUCGAAUAACACGAUAGUAACGAUCUCUUGGGAUCCGGUAGUCGAACCAAACGGAUUGACGGUCGCCUACAAGAUCGAGUACACGAACCUCGAGGUUAGAGAUGUGAAGAAAGCCGAAGAGUGCGUCACGAACAAGGAGGCGCGCGAAAAACGCAACACGUUCACAUUGGUCAAUCUGAAUCCGGGGAAGUACAGCGUCAGGGUCCAAUCAAUGUCGCUCGCCGGCGACGGAAACUUUUCGGAAUUUCACGAGUUCCUCAUUGGAAUCCAGGACCAUAGCUCGAUGGGUGUGAUAAUAGGGCUUUGCUUUGCCGUAGUCGCUGUACUGGUGGCAUUUGUCUUGUAUCUCGUGUGGAAACGGCGACAGUACAAAAUGAAACAGAUCAGAUUGAUAGCCAGUGUGAAUCCGGACUACAUUGAGACGAAAUACGUCCUGGACGAGUGGGAAGUGCCGCGAGAGGACGUUGAGAUAAUGGAGGAACUCGGGUUGGGUAAUUUUGGAAUGGUUUACCGCGGCGUCUUAAACGGCACGAGGAACGUUGCGAUAAAAACGAUAUCGGUAACCGCUAAUUAUCGCGAACAAAACGAAUUUCUGAACGAGGCAUCGGUCAUGAAGAAUUUCUCCACCUUCCACAUAAUCAAACUACUCGGUGUCGUCUCGGUUGGUAGUCCGCCGUUCGUUAUAAUGGAACUGAUGGAGAACGGUGACCUUAAAACGUAUCUGAGAAAGACACGAGACACCCAGUUGGUGCCGAAUUUUUCACGCAUAUGCAGAAUGGCCGCAGAAAUAGCAGACGGCAUGGCUUACCUCGAGUCGAAGAAAUUCGUUCACAGAGAUUUGGCGGCGAGAAAUUGCAUGGUGUCGAAGAAUUUGGUUUGUAAGAUCGGGGACUUUGGUAUGGCCAGAGAUAUAUAUGAGACGGAUUACUACAAGAUUGGCAAGAAGGGUUUGUUGCCGAUUAGAUGGAUGGCGCCGGAGAACUUAUCCGACGGUGUUUUCACCUCUGACUCUGACGUUUGGUCGUACGGCGUUGUACUAUACGAAAUAUUGACCCUCGCCGAAAUUCCCUAUCAGGGAUUCUCCAACGAGGAGGUGCUGAACUACGUGUUGCGCAAGGGGACCGUGGAAAUACCGAAAAACUGUCCUGAGAUAAUUUACAAAAUAAUGGAACGGUGCUUCAAGUGGAGACCUAACGACAGGCCAACCUUUCUUGAGAUUGUUUCCGAGCUAGAGCCAUUCCUUUCGCAAGAUUUUUGCACAUCGUCGUUUUACCACUCAUCGGACGGCGUCGAAAUCCGUAACUCGGGGGUAAAAAAGGUUUACCACAACGCUGCGCCCAUCAGAUUUUACUUUGGAAACGAAACCGCGAGGUGGGUGAAGGACUUCGAAGACAACGUAAUGCUUCUCGAUCAAACUAAGGCCGGUUCGAGCCGGGGACGCAUUUUUAAGAACGGUUUUCAACAGUUUGGCGACCACUCCGCCAUGGAGGACGUAUCUUUGGACCGUUGAUGCGUUAAUCCGCGAGCCGAAACCUUCGACGGCUGGUUAGUAUCUUCAUUGAAACUGCGAGAAAGACUGCAGCUUUGUUCUCGAUCAAAUUAACUAAGUUUCGGUACAUUUUGGUAGUGGUUCGCUACACAUUGCCCGUAUUCCGUCACAUUGAACUUGUUACAGAGCGUGCGAAAAAUAUAUAGAGAGAGAGAGAGAGGCGAAUGUGUGCGAGUAGAAAAGUGAACGAGAGACUGCUAUUUUUGUGCCUUUAGACACAAAGUGCCUUAUUUAAUCAACGAAUAAUCAAAUUCAGGGAAAUUGCGUCUGGACAGAAAUUGAUCCUGGUUAUUUCUCCACAAAUCAUUUCAGCCGGUCUGUGUGGAAAUCCCGUUUUAAAAUAUUUUACCUUGGAUAAAGGCAUUCUUAAAAGUAACUUACUCCUGCUAAGAUGUAUUCAAUUACACAUCGUCAUCACAAAUGUUGUCGCGGUUUAUUGCCAAGAAGAAGUUUGCGUUUUGAAGAGCGAAUAACGCUAAAUAUUACAUGCAUAUGAUAUAUCCAACGCAGUUUCAGACACAUGUUUCUUGUUUUCGGGACCAACGAGUUGGAGUUAAGAUUUUCUGAAGAAACAUGUAGAAUUGACUUUUAUUCUUCAUAAAACAUUUCUUAUGUACAACUUUCACCUCUACAACUAUAUAUGCAUAAUUACAUAUGUAUAGUAGAUAAUUUUUGAACACAACACAAUGAACUGAGGCUUAAAUACCAUUUAAUUACUUGCGUCAUCUUAUCGUAGUAUGACUUAUAUCAUAAAUCCAACUAUAUUAUCAUCAAAGAUUUCUUGGCUUCAAUUGAACUCCGGUUGAAUAGAUCGCAGAUCUUCAAUUCACUUGUUUCAUACGAUCACCUUGAACUACAGAUAAAACCAGAACUUCUUGUCAGGCUAGUUAUUCCAAUCUUAGUUAAUCAACUUUAAACUUGGUCCGACCUUUUACCCAUUUUAUGCACGUUGAUUUGUACAUCACGUGCAUCCGUUUUUACGUUCUUCAGUUAUCCAAAUAAUACAACUCACUUCAACAUGAAAUUCCAAAGAUGUAUUUCGGUUCAGUAUGAGUGCGACUUGUCGAAAAUCAGAAUUUCAAUAAAUUCCAGACUCGCGAAAACGUUAAGCGAAGCUUUUCAAGGUUGAGAAAAUAUUUGUUCUACUCGAGUGAAGAACGUUUUUUUUUUUUUUUCUUAUUAUUUUCAUAUUUUUUGUUUUUGUUUUUUUGCUGCUCACGUACCUUAGAUUUAACGAUCGUUUCUGUUAUAACUUUACACUCGCAUAUGCCGAACUAAAACAAUUUUGGCACGCACUUGCGUAUUUCUAGAAGUAGACCCUGUAAUCACGUGUGUACAUGCAUGACGCACACUCGACUCGUUGGAUUCCGAAUAUGCCGGAAUCCGAGACGCCGGGUGUACGUCUGUCAACUGUAACUUUAUUUGCGAUUGGGCAAGUCCUUUCGCGCAACGUUGCAGACAAGAGUAUAGCAUAUACUUAUUUUACGUCGCAUUAUGACGGUUGCACGUGAGAAUUUCGCACCGGGAUAUUCCUAAUCAAAAAAUCCUGCCAUACCGUCUUCCACAAAAGACUAUGACCAUUAUAUUGUAUACAAAAUUAAUUUAUAUACCGUAGCGAUUAGGUUAAAUUAUUAUAUUUUAGAUAAAAACCAAUUCUCUAUUUUGUUUUCGUUAUAUUUCUUGUUUCCGCGUACAGCGACGUUUUUACUAAGGUGUUCGUUGAUCGGGAGCAGGAAAGUUUGAAAUCAAAUAACUUGUACUUUAUAGCAUAUUUUAUAUUAUGUAUAAUAUUUUAUGUUUAUAUACUUAAGACUUACAUUCAAUAGUUAUGGACCGUAACAAUGAUUCAUUAAUAUCCUAAGCCACGUUACUGUUAGUAUUGCCGCUGAGUAUUACAACUAGUCACAUAAGCCAAAAGUUUGUUAUUCUCGCAGAAAAGUUUUCUUUUUUUUCAGUUUUUUAAAUAAACAGUAAUAGGAAUCCCAAUAACCGUGUUUCUCAACCAUCCGCACCUCGCAUUCACGCGUAUCUAUAAUCUGUAAUAUCCGUAACCUUAUUGUUAAACACCUACACAUAGUUCUCAGUUAUCGCUAUAUCUUUUGCCGGUCGCACUUGACCCCUGCACAUUUACAUAACACGAUAUCCAGUUUUUCUUUUGCGUCUGUUUUUUUACUCUUUGUCCUGCAGCAAACAGCAAAGCUCCAAUCUAAUCUCGCUGCGAUUAUACUCUCCCGAAGCCCGCACGUAUCGACUAGACGUUGUGCAAGCAAUGAGAUGCCGGUCCAUAUGGCGCUUAGUAACGCUCGUUUGUAACUCAAUCUCUGCUUCAACAUUCAUAAUUACGAGUGAUCAGGUGUCCGCUUGUCGCCUACGUACCAAUUGUCCUACCGAGGCAGGUAUCGUCGUGGGAGGUCCCCGUCUUGCGCCUCGACGAUGUGCAAGCCGAACCAGAGUUUAGCCAAGUUUACCGCGAAAAUCACCCCUGAAUACCGGUAUUCAAUUGAAAAUAAAAAUCAUUUCUCUUAUAUCAAGUCCCGUUUCCUGUCCUAUUCCAACUUCGAUAGCACCGUAAUAUAUUACACCGUGUACGAUGUAACAACCGUUGUAGAUACGAGCAUGGUACAUUUCUAAAGUCAUGGAACGUCGUUU